AUGAAUGUAAGCUCGAAAAUGUUCAUGCCGCUACGCGGACGCGUCGUUGCCCGAUCUUUCUCCGUGUCCCGUCCCCGCUGGGAGGCUGCGCCAUUGCCCACAAGCAAGCCCGUUGGUGCUUUCCGUGGAGGAGUCUUCGGGUUCCUGUCUGGCGCUGUUGUUGCCGGCGCGUCGGUAUACUAUUACAUCCUAGGGGAUUACCGAGUCGCGAAUGAAAUGCUGACUGAUGACAUUUCCGCACUCCAGUCGGCUACUAUGAAGCUCCAGUCAUACAUUAACGAGUUGGAGUCCAAGAUGAACAAGCUUCAGAAGAAGUAA